UGAACUCAUUCCAUCCAAUUUGUGAUUUAUUUUAUCACAUCUAUUAGAUAGAAUAAAUUAGCCCUAACAUUGAAUCUGCACCUGAGAUAAUCCAUAACUAUAAUCUGGGGAUAAUUUAGUCCGUAUAAACAACCCGAACAAACUCUGAGCAUCAAUCCUGGACUUUUCGGAAAACUUUCAAACACUUGGAGGACGUGUUAUGCAAUUUCCGUGCCUAUAAAUGGUCUUGCAUAUCUCCUGUAAGAAAUCAAACAAAGUAAAGGAGUACUACUAAUAUUCUGAAGAUCUAUUUUCAGAUUCAUUCACUAUGGCGGACCUCAUCUCAAGCUGGCCAAACAAAUUAGAUGCAGUUCCUCCAAAAUAUUGCAUACCGAUGCAUGAAAGACCAGCGGAUCCAGUUCAAAUUGGGGAGCGUAUUCCAGUCAUUGAUUUAGGGAAAGCUAUGGGGGAAGAACGACCUGUUGUUGUUCAAGAACUUAUGAAAGCUUUUGAAGAAUAUGGGUUUUUUCAGGUUAUCAAUCAUGGAGUAUCAGAUGAUCUAAUGAAGGAGGCAAUGAAAGUGUACAAAGAAUUCUUCAGUCUACCAGCUGAAGAGAAAGCGAGUUAUGCAAAGGAUGCAGCAAAUAAUACAGCAAGAGGUGCAGCGACACUGUAUACUAGCAGUGCUAAGCAUUAUGAUUCAGAGGAGCAUCGAUACUGGAGGGAUGUCUUGGAACACAGUGCCAAUCUCGACGGGAAAGACAAAGUAACUUGGCCAGAUAACCCUCCAAGAUAUAGGGAGGUUAUUGGUUCAUAUUCAGAUGAAGUGAGAAAGCUGAGCAAGAUCAUCUUGGGUCUGGUAGCUGAAGGGCUAGGCUUGGAGGCAGGAUUCUUUGACAAGGAACUUGGGCAGAGAAUGCUUGUCAAUCACUAUCCAGCAUGCCCAGAUCCAAGUUUAACCUUGGGAGUUGGUGGACAUUGCGAUCCUAAUCUCAUAACCAUUAUCCAACAAGAAGUUUAUGGCCUACAAUUAUUGAAGGAUGACAAAUGGAUUGGUGUGGAUCCGAUACCUGGUGCAUUUGUUGUCAAUUCAGGUUUACCAAUCACGGUAAUUAGCAAUGGGAAGCUAGCUAGUGUUGCACAUCGAGUGGUGACGAACACAACUCAUUCCCGUACAUCCAUUGGUACUUUUAUUUGUCCGGAUGAUAUCGUUGGACCUGCCAAAGCACUUCUUGGUCCGGAUAAUCCCCCACGGUUCAAAUCCUUUAAAUGGGGCGAAGAGUUUAUGCCACAUUACCUCAGCAAGAAAUCAGUUUACCACGCCUCAUUGGAGCCUUUCAAAAUUGAUGCUUAAGCAUUUACGUGUGACAAGGAUGCAAGUGAUCUCUGCUGCUACUUUUAAUUUCCAGAAUAACAAGAGCUUUAAUUCACAACUUCUUUGUAGUUUGGAACCUAUGUUUGUUAUCGUGCUUUAUUUCGUUGGUCAUGAAUAAGAAGCUUUGGUUCCUUUUUUCUUCAUGGUUAGUUGUACCAAUUGGUGUAGUACUAUGAUAUUUAUGCGCAGAUAAAUAAUAAUGGAACUUUUCAGUA